UGUGGAAUGUGCAGUGGAUGUUGCAAGUGUGGAACGUGCAGUGGAUUUCUCAAGUGUGGAACGUACAGAGGAUUUCCCAGGUGUGGAACGUGCAGUGGAUUUCUCAAGUGUGGAACGUACAGAGGAUUUCCCAAGUGUGGAACGUGCAGUGGAUUUCUCAAGUGUGGAAUGUGCAGUGGAUUUCUCAAGUGUGGAACGUGCAGUGGAUGUCCCAAGUGUGAAGAAUGCAGUCCCUGUCCCGAGUGUGGUUCACGGUGUCAAGAAAACAAUGCAUGCUCUGGUUGCGGGAGCGCCUGCAGAAAAAUUUGUUUUGGAUUGAACACACUGAUGCAAAUAUCGAUCCCAUCUAUCAUAUGGGCUGUUAUUUUACUACUAGAUGGGGACUAUGUCGCCUGUUAUUACGCCGCUUCAGUCAACCAGACGCAACAGAAAUGCAAAGAGUUUUGCAGCCUCGAAACUUUGCCUUCUCUGCUCGAGCAUUGCUUCACGUCCCGGAAAAUUGGCAGCAUUUUGCUGACGUUAACUGUGGUCUUACUGCUAUUACUAAAGUUCAUUCCGAGCUGGACUUCUUGUGACUGUACUGAGGAAGGUUAUUACGAGUUCAAGUAUCAACGAGCGGUGGAAAAGAAGAGAUGGAGCAAAGUGAAGGAAGAGUUGGGGAAGAGAGUGGCAGAGACUGCAAAUAUGGAGGCCAAAGAGCUAAUUUCAAAACUGAAACUCAGCAAAUCUGAUCAGCGUGAACAGGACUCUAACCAAGGUGAACAGAACUCUGACCAUAGUGAACAGAAAUCUGACCAAGGUGAACAGAGCUCGAACUAAACAAGAGAUACAAAUGCUGAUGAAGCUGGCCCCAGUGAAAGUUCAUCAUAACCAACGAUGGGAGCCAUGUAUUCUGUGCUGCGCGUUAAUUAUCUUUAUUAUAAUAAGCAGUCACAUUAGUGGGGCUGCGGUAAAAGCAAAUGGAAUAAAUAUCAUACUAUUGCUUAUUUCUUUGUAUUUGUAGCUUGGAAAUGCAGAGGUCAUAUUUUUCCUUUCUGCUUAAUAUCACUUAAUAU